AUGAGCGAAAAAGAAAGCUUAGCCUAUCCCGACGCCAAAAAGGAGGUCGCAGAAAAAGUAGAAGAAAAAGAAUCAAAUAGAAUGGAAAAAGAAGUAGAAGCAGUAGCAUCAGACUCAGUUUCAAACCAAAACCAAAACAGUAACAAUGAAAAUCAACACCAAAACCCACUCACCGAACCUUCAUCUUCAACCAUCACUUUCCACUCUCCUUCUCCUCCUUCCUCUUCACUACGAACCCGCAAAUCCCCUUCGCCUCCGCUUCACUCCAUCUCCGACUCUUCGAUUUCCUCCCUCCGCGACGAAGCCACUCCAAUCGAAGACCAAAGGUUCCCACCUGUGCCGGCGCCGGUGCCGGUUGUGGUGGCUCAUCGGUUCCAGGUGGAGCCUAACGUGGUCACCAGGGUAGAUCCCGGAGCGGAAGAGGGUUUCAUCGGCGUCAAUGAUGUCAAACAAGCCUCCGCAGGUGAUGGCGGUGGCAACGGCGGCGGAGGCGGCGGAACUAAUCGGCGGUUGAGACCAGAUGUGAUGAGUAUGUUGAGGUCUAAGAAAAUAGCGAUGUGGAACAAAGUUCUGCUGAGUCUUCGAAUCGCCACUUUUGCAUCCUGUUUGAUGUCUCUCUCAGUACUGGCUGCCGAUAAGCGAAAGGGCUGGGCACAGGACUCUUUCUAUAGAUACAAGGAAUUCAGGUACAGCUUGUCAGUGAAUGCUAUUGGGUUUAUGUAUUCCGUAUUGCAGAUAUGUGAUCUAGUGAAGUACAUUUUCACAAGAAAGCACAUUGUGGAGCACCAGCUGAGGGCUUUAUUCAGUUUUGUAAUGGAUCAGAUCUUGACAUAUCUUCUAAUGUCGGCAUCAUCAUCGGCUGCCACUAGAGCUUAUGACUGGGAGUCCAAUUGGGGUAAGGAUAAAUUCCCGGACAUGGCAAAUGCAUCUGUGGUUUUGUCCUUCGUGGCCUUUGUGGCCUUCGCCUUCACCUCACUUGUAUCAGGUUCUAUCCUUUGUAGGUUUAGAUAGUUUAUGCAGUUUUUCUCUGCUUCACAGUCUCCUGUUAGCCUAUCCUAUCAUGUGUACAUUCCGGUAGUUUAUGCAACUCUUAGUUGCUAUGGUGUUCUUUCCCUUCAAACAAUCUUGCAUCAGGUUCCAUCCUAGUAGUUUCAGAUAGCUUUACAAACAUUAUGCAAUAUUGUAUAUAAAUAUGUGGGUUGGUUGUUGUUAUAUCAGUUUUGGAAA